AUGGAGACGGCGGCGGGAUCUGCUGGCAAGGAGCGGAAACCGCAUGGAACCGCGCGGAAGCGGACGCGGAGUAGCGACCAGACCGCCGGCGAUCUCAUCAGCCACCUCCCAGACGACGUCCUCGGCACCAUCAUCUCCCUCCUCCCCACCACGGACGGCUGCCGCACGCAGAUCCUCUCCCACCGAUGGUGCCACCUCUGGCACUCCGCUCCUCUCAACCUCGAGGUCCGCACCCGCCUUCCCUCCUUCCUCCCAACCGCCGUUCCAGUCUCCGCCGUCGCCAAGAUAAUCUCCCAACACCCUGGCCCCGUCCGCCGAUUCUGCUUCCAGUGCCCGCUCCCUGGCGACGCUGAGGUGGAGAGCUGGUUGGACUCCCGAGCACUCGCCAACCUUCAGGAGCUCGAUAUCGGGUACGAGUACCUCUCUAAAUAUCAGGCCCGCAAUUUUUUCGAUAAUCAUCCGACCCGCUAUCCUUUGCCGCAAUCUGCGUUCCGCUCCGCUUCCACCCUCCUCGUUGCCAAAAUCAAGACUUUCAGUUUCCCCGAUGCCAUUACACCGUCGAUGAAUUUCCCCCUUCUCAAGGAGCUCUCGUUGCAUUAUGUUUCGUUCUCGGGAGAUGUGUUUCACAGAUUGCUCUCUGGCUGCCAUGCUUUGGAGAGCUUAUACAUGCUCCAAGUUCAUGCUGCCGGUUGCCUCCGUGUUAGCUCGCCAACUCUUAGAAGCAUUGGCUUCCGUGAUACCUCUGGUGGAAAAGCAGAAUUGCUCAUCGAGGAUGCUCCUCGCCUUCAAAGGUUAGUAUUACCGUUGUGUGGCCUGAAUGUUUGUGUGAAUAUCCGGGUUAUUUGGGCACCUAAACUGGAGAUAUUGGGGCCUUUCUCACCGGGCUUACUCCCGAUCUUCCAGGUAAUGAGCCCAGUCAGCUCGGCAAACUCGAUACGCACCGUGAAGGUUUUGGCCCUCGGGUGUUCUAAUAAUCAUCAAUUGAAUGCAGUUCUUGACGUCCUGAGGUGGUUCCCCUGUUUGGGAAAGCUCUAUGUCACCUUUCAUGGACACUAUUGGAUGUUUAAGCAAAAUGAGCAUCAGCUACAGCCAAUAGAAUGCCUUCAGAUCCAUCUAAAGAAAGUGGUGCUGAGGUUAUUCAAUGGCUGUGAGGGACAGGUUGAGUUUGCCAGGUUCUUUGUUUUAAAUACGAAAGUGCUAAACAAAAUUGAAUUCCAAGGGUGGGGCUACAAUGAUGAAUUUGUUGCUCGUCUACACACGCUGCUCAAAGUCGAAGAAAGAGCUUCUCGAGAUGCUCAAUUUGAAUUCAGGAAUACUUGUGGUUGUAUUGAUUACCAUGUCAGCAAGCAUAUCCAUGAUUUGUCGGUGGCCGACCCCUUCAGACUGCCGGAGACAGUGUUUGAUGGCUGA